AUGCUCGGGCCGACACGGAACCACGACCUGCUCGGGCCGGAGCAGAGAUCCACGACCGUCUCGGACCCAGAGCAGCGGAACGACCGUGUCGGGCCGGAGCGGCUGCAGGGCCGUCUCAGGCUGGAGCGGUGGAACGGCCUGUGCAGGACGGAGCAGCUGAGCAGCCUGCUCCGGCCGAGGCAGUUCGACGACCUGCGCGGGCUGAAACAGUUUGACAACCCGCUCGGGCCGAAUCACGUUGACGACCUGCUUGG